CGUGAGCACUGUGCGCAAGGUGGAAAGCAAGCGAGUGAGCAAGCAAGAGAGCAGUAGAGAAAGUGCGCGCGCGCGAGAGAGAGAGAGAGAGAGAGGAAACAGCACUGAUUAUCGACGCCAGGCUGCCACCACUCUGUAGUGGUGAGUGGCUGCAACAAAAGCAGACCAACAUCCCCGGCUUUCGGCUCCUCUUUUCUCUCUGCCACUGUUAGCUGGCUUCCUGAACGCCCAGAGCCCAUAGGAGGAGAGCAGCUCCCUCCAACUCACUGAUCGCUGCAGUUGGCUGUGCUGCUGAGACUGUGUUGGCCACCACACACCACGGACCGACCAACCCAACGGGUCUCUGCCUGCCGGGUCUCCCUGCCAUCAACAAGUUAGGGGCUGGAUGGUGAGGGGACGUAGAGGACCCCCCACCAGCCAAGAGGGGGACCAUUUGAUCCUCAAUUAACCAAUUGAGCUGACAUCAUUGCAGUGUGGAGGAAGGAGGGAACAAAAGGCUGAGGGAGAGCAGCAGAGACCGGCUGUGUUCAGAGCCAGGGCGCUUUGGACGCAAAUCAUCAACCAAAAACUAAGAUAUAAUAAAAAUGCAGCCGUUUUGAUAAUGUGGGAUUAAAACUACAGAGAGAAAGAGGACUACUAGAAACCGACAUCAUCAUCAACCAGGGACAUGGGAUUUGUGAUUUUGUUUCAAUUGGGAGGGCUCAAGAGCAUCGCUGCUGCUUUAUUCUUUCAGGAAGAGAAGAGCCCGGUUCCUUUUGUGAUUCAGAAGGGCUUUUAUUUUCUCUGUUUGGAUCUGUGUUCCAUCUGGCUGCUUCGGGAGUCUGCUGCGGAAAAGGACAGUUGAAUGCAGCCUCCGAUGUGCACAAAAGAAUGGGUUUCCAUUCAAGGUGGCCAUUGGUGGGACCUGCACCAACGGCAUUGUGCCUGUGUGCGAUCAGCAUGCUGCUGUGCCUGCUGUCUCCUGCGUCAUGCACAACCUGCCCCCAGAAAUGCCGAUGCGAGGACCAGCAGUUCUACUGUGACACCCAGGGAUUAGAAGCGCCCCCGGACGGCGUUGACAGGGGGGCCCUGGGAUUAUCGCUCCGCCACAACAGCAUCGCUGAACUCAGCCCGGACCAGUUCUAUGGCUUCUCCCAGCUCACCUGGCUCCACCUGGACCACAACCAGAUCACCACGGUGCAGGAGGACGUCUUCCAGGGGCUCUACAAGCUCAAAGACCUCAACCUGAGCUCCAACCGGAUCACCAAGCUGCCAAACACAACCUUCAUCCACCUCAUCAACCUACAGAUCCUGGACCUGUCCUUCAACCUAAUGACUGCGCUGGAGCCUGAGUUGUUCCACGGCCUCCGCAAGCUGCAGAUCCUCCACCUGCGCUCCAACUCGCUGCGCACCACCCCCGUCCGGGCCUUCUGGGACUGCCGCAGCCUUGAGUACCUGGGUCUGUCCAACAACCGGCUGCGGAGCCUGGCCCGGAACGGCUUCGCUGGCCUCAUUAAGCUCAGAGAACUCCACUUGGAACACAACCAGCUGACUAAGAUCAACCUGGCCCACUUCCCCCGCCUGGUGGCUCUGCAGUUCCUUUACCUGCAGUGGAACAAGAUCUCCAACCUGACCUGCAACAUGGAGUGGACCUGGACCACGUUGGAGAAGCUGGACCUCACAGGGAACGAGAUCCGGGUGCUGACCCCGGACGUGUUCGAGACGCUGCCCAACCUGAAGAUCCUCCUACUGGAUAACAAUAAGCUAGACAGCCUGGACCCUCUGGUCAUGGAUAUGUGGCUGUCUCUAGGUACCGUGGGGCUGUCCAGCAACCUUUGGGAAUGUACCAAACGGAUCUGCUCCCUGGCCACUUGGCUGAGCACCUUUAAGGGGAGGUGGGAACACUCCAUCCUGUGCCACACCCCCGAGUACGCCCAGGGCGAGGAGAUACUGGAUGCCGUUUAUGGAUUCCAGCUUUGUCCGAAUUUUACGGCGCCGCCACCGGUCGUCUUGACCACAAGCGCGUUGUCGACGGCCACGGACACGUCGACGGGAACGGCGGCGGAGGCCACCAGCUCGCUGUUUGGAAUAAUGCAGCAGACACCCACGCAGGACUUCUAUUUGGAUUUUGGGCGCUUUACGACAAUAACGACAACGACCGCCACGCCACGCACCGCCCUGGCAACCGCCCUGGCAACCUCCGCCACGACAGUGGAGGGCGGCGGCGGAGCGGUGGGAGUCACGGAGGACUUCUCGGAGACGGACAACACGGUCCUAACCCAGAGGGUGAUCAUUGGAACUAUGGUCCUUCUGUUUUCCUUCUUCCUCAUUAUUUUCAUUGUGUAUAUCUCACGGAAGUGCUGCCCUCCUACCAUGCGCAGGAUACGCCAGUGCUCGGCCAUGCAGAACCGCCGCCAGAUGAGGACCCAGCAGCGGCAGCAAAUGGCGGACCUGGCCACGCAGGUACCCUAUAACGAGUACGAGCCCAGCCACGAGGAGGGAGCGCUGGUCAUCAUCAACGGCUACGGGCAGUGCAAGUGUCAGCAGCUGCCUUACAAAGAGUGUGAAGUAUAAACUAUGUGUAUUCCUACUGCAGCAGCAUAUGGGGUGUUUACCAUUUCUGACCAUUUCAAAAUGAUACAGGGUUUAUUUUUUUUGCUUUUCUCCCGAGUUUAUACAACAACAACAAAAAAGCAUAAUUUCUACUCGCUAGCUUUGAGAAAUCAAUGAGAUGAGUAUAUCGAGUGGGAUAGUGGACGACUGGUGGGUGGAACGGACAGUGAACAUGUAUGAAGUAGUAGAGAUAAUCACAUUUAUUUUUCUAUGAAUGUUCAUAUCAAGCUGUGGGCAAUCAGUCUCCAAAAGGAAAAACGGUAGAGAGAGAGAGAGAGAGAGAGAUGUGUCACCACAUUAUUAUUAGUCACCAUAUUCCGCAGCACAGAGAUUAUUAUUAAAUCUUCAGCCAAAAUGUCUGGAGACUGAACCUCUUACAGCUACUGAGACAUGGUGGUCUACAUCAUGAUAUCAUUAUUAAAAAGGGGAAUCAGUGUCGGAAAGGAACACGGAUUACGAUGACAGAUUUCUUAAGGACGCAUGUAAGACACAGUAUGUCACUUUCACAAUCACCUGUUGGUCCAGUAGUGAUUAAAUGGGGUUGGUUAUUAAAUGAAAAGUAUUAUUCACAAUUGUUAGGUUUUUUUUUUUUUUGUAAAUGACUAUGAAUAUUGAAUAAAUGUUUAUUUAUAUGUCACAAUCUGAAUUAAAUCUCCAACAGAAAAUCUAAUCUGCUACACAUUACUUGGUUGCUAUUUAUGUUUCAAAACGUGCAUUUCCUCCCUCUCUCCGUCUCUCCCUGGAGCCAAACAGGAUCUUCCCAUUCUGUUCAGUGAACACCAAAUGAUAGCCUUCUUGUUUCCAGAUUUAAAUUUGAUUCAAUAAAGGCCAUUGCCUCCCAUUAAAUCUAAAAGCUUAGCACUGUCCGUGGAAAGGUUAAUGUCCAAUAAGACGCAGUACCUGCUUAGCCAAACAGUCUACAGUCUCUCUGAAACGGGACGUGGUGGAGGAGGAGAUGUAUCAGGGCCCUUUACACUGAAACGGGACGUGGUGGUGGAGAUGUAUCAGGGCCCUUUACAUGUAAACACUCCCUUUAACCAAACAGUCUCUCUGAAACGGGACGUGGUGGAGGAGGAGAUGUAUCAGGCCCUUUACAUCGUCGGCCACACUGUGGUAUUAAAAGGGAUCAGUGCGACGACCCGCAGACAGAUGCCAGCAUCCUCACUGACAGCAACGGUAGCCGCAGCUUAACCAAUUUCCACCGCCGUUUACUGAUGCAAUAUAGGCCAGGGGCCAACAUCCACACACAGUAGAAGAUUCUGGAAGUAGCCGAUAUCCAGCUAGUACAGAGAGACAGCGAGAGAGAAGAGUAAUGAUGAACAAUGGAAAAACCCAUUCUGCCCUGCACAGUGUCUCUCAUCCUGAAAAUACAUUUGUCCCAGGAGGACUCCCAGUCGUGUUCGAGCUCCCAGCCAGUAGAAACACAGACCAUAAUCAGCUCUGACAGGAUCAACAUUGAACCAAUUAAGGACAGGCAAAAAUAAUCUAAUAUUCUGUCGCCCACACCAGUGAUCCAGCAAGAUUCUGCUCGCUACUGCUGCCAGUCAGUCGGUAGAAACAUCCUUCACUCAACACAGCCAACUAGGGCAUUUAUCUCCAUAUCACAAAUCCUGUUCUUGUCAGCCUGGCCUGACAGUCUCUCACGUUUCCCUUUUUUGGAAUGAAAGGAGAGAGAGAGAAACAGGCAGAAAGGAGGAGAGAGAGAGGGGGGGGGGGACAGGCACAGAUAAGUACCCUGCGCAGCCCUACGUUAAACUGUAGAGAACCUCCCCCCUGAGAGCAAAUGCAGCUCCUGUGAUAAGCAAACAGAGGGGAGAGGAGAGCGGCUAAGGCUGGGGCUCAAGCAGAGGAAGCUGAGAGGCAGGUUUAGGACACAUUGGUAUGCAGCACAGAGAGGAUUUGCAUUAGCAUCAGACUAAAGCAGCCGCCGCUGCAGCUCUCCCCUCUCAGCCCCUCCCUCUGCACAUAUUUUUGUGCUCCGUUUAGAAGGUAGGGAGCAGGGAGAGAGAGAGAGAGAGGGAAGGAGAGAAGGAGAGAGAGGGAGCAGGGAGAGAAGGAGAGAA